GCUGUGGCGGCGGCGGGCGGCGCCGCGAGGCCCCCGGCCGGCUCGGCGCGGGAUGGAGAAGAGCCUCCGCGGCUUCCCCGAGCGCCCCCCGGCCGCCGGCCCCCAGGGGGCGCGCGGGCCCCGGCGCGGCCUCCGCCCCGGCAGGACCCCCCCCGGCCCGAGCCCGGCGCGGAGCUGCCCCGGCCCGGCCUGGCCCCGCAGGCUCCGGCGCCGCACGGUGAGCCUGGGCCUGGCCUCUCCGGCGCCCUCCCGGUCCCAGCUCCCCGGAGCGAGCUUGGCUCCGCCAGCAAGGAGCAGUUGGACUUCAAGCAGGCUUUGUCCAGGCCAGAGGCCAGGAGCUGCUUGGAGCUGAGGGCCAUGGCUGUGGCCAGCAGCGUGGCCUGGGCCAGCCCCAGCCUGGAGAGCAGAGAAGAAAGCACUUUAGAAAGGCUUCCAGGCCCGAAGGACUCCUCCGAGGCUGCGCAGUGCAGGAGGGACUCAGCCUGCAGCCUGGAGCCCCAGGGGGACCCAGAGAGGCUGGAGAGCGACCUGGAGGAGCUGGCUGGCGGGGAGGGGGCGGCAGAGGCCUCCCCCAGCCCCAGCCCCAGCGGCAGCAGCGGCGCGGGGGGCGGCGGUGGGGAGGAGGAGGAGGAGGAAUUUCUUCCCAGCCAACCAAAGCAGCUCGAAGGCCUCAGCAAAGAGCACUUAGAGAAGGGCAAGAGGGGGCCCCAGAGGCUGGAGUGGAUCUCCAGCAGCCCCCCCCUGCCCCCCAGCACCACCAGUCCAAGCCCUCCUUACAAAGACAUCACCAAGCCAACAGAUGUAGCAACCACCUUGGCCUUCCUGGGCCAGGCUGUGCGUGAAGUGCCUCCUCCUCCUCCUCCUCCUCCUCUCCCUCCUCCUCCUCCUCCCCUUGCUCCUUCCCCUCCUCCUCCUCCAACGGUCUUCAGGAAGGCCUUGAACCCCAUCCUGGGCAAGCCCAAAGCCUUGGAGGCUCCCCCAGCCCACAGGAAGGCUUUGGCCACGGACCCGGAGGCGGCCGACCCCCUGGCCGGGGCCGAGUGGCCGCUGGCCAAGGCAGGGCUGCAGCUGGGCCCCGACCUGGCCCCGGCCAAGCAGAGCUGGACGGUGAACGCCGAGGACUCGGUGGAGAGGCUCCCAGCCCCGGGGGAGAGGCUCCCAACCCUCUCCCUGGAGCCCAUCCCAGCCCCUGGCGGCUCCUACGAGCUGGAGGUGAGGCCCUACGGCGUCUGCAGCCUGCUGCUGGAGGAGGAGGAGGAGCAGCAGCCGCAGCAGGGCGAGGGGGAGCUGGGGCAGCCACAGCCGCAGGAGGAGGAAGAGGAGGAGGAGGAGGAGGAGGACCCCGCGGUGUACACCUGCAUCGAGUGCAGCAUCUACUUCAGGAGGAAGGAGCACCUGCUGGAGCACAUGCUGCAGCACAGCGCCGGGGCCGCCGGGGAGCCGGCGGGGGGCCCCUGCCGGCUGUGCUGCGGGGAGUGCGGCUGGGCCUUCGGCGACGCCGGCGCCCUGCAGCGGCACCGCCGCCUGCACCAGCAGUCCCGGGAGAGGAUCAUGGAGGAGAUCCAGAAGCUGGAGGAGCCGCCGGAGGAGGGCCGGGAGGCCAGGCUGCGCUGCCCCCAGUGCGGCUUCGGCACCAACUCCUCCAAGGCCUUCGUGCAGCACGCCAAGAUGCACGUCCGGGAGCGCAGGGAGCGGGGGGCCGAGCCCCUCGGCCUCUUCGGGGGGCUGCAGGGGGAGCGCAGCCUCUUGCACCUGCAGCCAGCCCCCGAGGGGCCGGGCGCCUGCGGCCUCUGCGGCUUCCCGGCCCCCAGCGCGGGCGCCCUGCGGGAGCACCUGCGCUACGCCCACCCCCAGCCGCCCUGGGAGGGCUGCCGGGAGGCCGCCGCCGGCCGGCCGGGCCCCAGCAGGGAGGCCGAGAGGCUCUUCCCCCCGCCCCGGGAAGCCUCAGCCCUCUACGAAGGCCUCCAGGGCUUCCCCCCGGGCGCCCCCCGGGCCGAGAAGGGCAGCAGAAGGGAGAGCCCCGGGGCAGGCUUCCAGCUGGCCCUGCUGAAGAGGAGGGCGGCGGCGGCGGCCGGGCGCCCGCAGGGGGACGGCGAAGCCUCCCGCGGCCCCCCGGAGCUGAGCCUCGGCAGGGGCCUGGGAGCCAUCGUGGUGCCCCAGGCCGCCCUGGAGCUGAAGAGGACCUUCCGGGAGGCCCUGAGGGCGGCCGACCCCUGGGGGGCCUCGGAGGAGCAGCGGCGGCAGCUGAGGAUGAUGGUGCCCAUCGUCCUCCUCAGCGAGGUCAGCCUCCACCCCAGGGCCACCAAGAGGCCCCGGGGGAAGCCCUUCAGGAAGAAGCCCUCCCUGGCCCAGCCCUUCGCCCCCCAGCCCCCCAGGGAGCUGCUGGUGGAGGAGGAGGAGGAGGAGGAGGAGGAGGAAGAGGAGGAGGAGGAGGCUGUGCCCUUGGACGUGCUGCUCUUCGACGCGCCCCUGGAGGGCCCCCUGGAGCUGGAGGAGCUGCUGGGGCCGGACUCAGGCGUGCUGAAGAACGAGGAGAGGAAGUGCCCCUACUGCCCUGACAGGUUCCACAACGGCAUUGGCCUGGCCAACCACGUCAGGGGCCACCUCAACAGGGUGGGGGUCAGCUACAACGUCCGGCACUUCAUCUCGGCCGAGGAGGUCAAAGCCAUCGAGCAGAAGUUCUCCUUCCAGAAGAAGAAGAAGAAAGUGGCCAACUUCGACCCCAGCACCUUCAGCCUGAUGCGCUGCGAGUUCUGCGGCGCCGGCUUCGACACCCGGGCCGGGCUCUCCAGCCACGCCAGGGCCCCCUGA